GCGGGCGGCACAAAGCCCAAUCUUGGCACCAUGUUCUUCCGACGAGCGCAGUUUUAAUAAGCUCAUUCAUCGAUUACCCUCAGAAGCGAAAAGAUUCAUUUCGAAUAAACUAGAUCUUCCGAUCAUCACCCACAAACAGGAGCAAUGAGAACUUUAGCAAUAGUACUACUCUGCUUAGUAGUAGUAGCCAACUACGGAACAGUAACGGCCCUGCGCUGCAUCCAGUGCCAGUCGGUCAACGCAACCUGCUACGAACCGAUCCUGGAUUGUAGCAAGGGAUCGGCGGACGUCAGCCUACAGCUGCUGCAGGUACUCAAACCGUCGCUUGUCGUAGGAACGAAAGGAGAUAAAUUCCGUUGCUUCGAAGUGGACGUCAAAAAAGAGGCAGUUACAGUGUACAUCAAGGGAUGCAUAUACGAUGACGUUGAUGUGUGCGCCGGCGAAACCAACGAGGGCGAGCAAGGCUACUGCGAACGUUGUACCUCCGACGAGUGCAACGCGGCAACCAGCCUCGUGGUAAAUUUCGGCCUACUGCUAGGAUUACUUCUGGCAGUUAAAGCAUAUUGGAUGUAGUAAUAGAGCAAAUGAGGACAUUGUAAGAUUGGACUAUUAAAGAAGUUGGGGCGAUAGUGUUUGAA